GCCUGCCCUUUCCCGCCAGUCAAGCGGGUCGCUGGGUCCUGCAGCCCUCGCUCUCCGCCCUUUCCUUUUUCUUUCCUUUUUUCCCCGCCUGCUCCUCCUCCGCGCGCGGUGCUUUCCAUAUCCCAUGCGGACGACGAGGCAGGAGCCUUCGGCGGCAGCGCAGCCCCGGGCAGCCGGCUCCGAGCAUGUCCCACUGCAACUGUUGUGGGCGCCCCUUGCGCUGAGCCCGGCCGGGUGGCGUUGCAGCCGCUGCCCUGGAAGGAAGCGCCGCGCCGGGGGCCGCUCAUGAGCGCGGAGGCGUCGUCUCCUCCUGCGCGCGCCUCCGCGCACCUCCGCGCUUUCUUCGGGAUGGAGCCCGUCCCGCCCGGCGCUGCCGAGCUGCUGGUGGGAGCCUGCGAGUUCCUCAAAGACCGCCUGUAUUUUGCUACUUUAAGAAACAGACCAAAAAGCACAAUAAACACCCACUAUUUCUGUACGGAUGAGGAACUUGUCUACGAAAAUUUUUAUGCUGAUUUUGGCCCUCUCAACUUGGCUAUGCUGUAUCGAUACUGCUGUAAAUUAAACAAGAAACUAAAGUCAUUCAGUCUAUCAAGGAAGAAAAUAGUGCAUUACACCAAUUUUGAUCAACGGAAACGAGCAAAUGCAGCAUUUUUGAUAGGUGCAUAUUCAGUGAUUUACUUGAAGAAAACUCCAGAAGAAGCUUACCGGAUACUUCUCUCUGGAUCCAAUCCACCAUAUCUUGCAUUUAGGGAUGCUUCAUUUGGAAACUGCACAUACAAUCUAACUAUCCUGGAUUGUCUGCAAGGAAUAAAAAAGGCCUUACAUCAUGGAUUUUUUGACUUCAGAACAUUUGAUGCCGAUGAGUAUGAACAUUAUGAGCGAGUAGAAAAUGGUGACUUCAAUUGGAUUGUCCCAGGAAAAUUUUUAGCAUUUAGUGGACCACAUCCAAAGACCAAAAUUGAAAAUGGCUAUCCCCUCCAUGCACCCGAAGCCUAUUUCCCAUAUUUCAGGAAGCACAACAUAACAGCAGUCAUAAGACUCAACAAAAAGAUAUAUGAAGCAAAGCGUUUCACAGAUGGCGGGUUUGAGCACUACGACUUGUUCUUCAUAGACGGAAGCACACCAGGCGAUAAUAUAGUGCGACGAUUCUUGAACAUCUGUGAGAAUGCAGAAGGUGCCAUAGCUGUUCAUUGCAAAGCUGGGUUAGGAAGAACAGGAACGCUGAUAGCCUGUUAUAUAAUGAAACACUAUAGAUUUUCACAUUCUGAAGUCAUUGCCUGGAUAAGAAUGUGUCGCCCUGGUUCUAUCAUUGGACCCCAGCAGCACUUCCUUGAAGAGAAGCAGACAUCCUUGUGGAUCCAAGGGGACAUCUUCCGAUCCAAACUGAAGCCAAAAGCAGUACAUGAAGAAAGCAUGUGCAAAGUUAUGUCCAGCUUUGAUGACAUUUCUAUCAGUGGGACUUUAGACAGAUAUGGGGAGAAUGAUGUGGAAGACAAAGAAGAAGAAGAAGUGAAGAAUGGCAUGACUCAGGGAGACAGGCUUCGUGCCUUAAAACUUCGACGGCAGCCACGUUCAGCUACAACAGGCGCUCUUAAGCUAGAAGAUAUGAAGCUGCACACCAGAUCCCUAUCCCAGCCUUUCAGACUGAAUACUUCAGUAGUCACACAAGGAUCUGUAUCUCCAUUGAAGUCCUCCAAAGUGAUGGCAGUGUCACCUGCAGCCAAGAGAAUAAACAGAAAUUCUACAUCCACAAGCUCAAAUUUAAAAAGCAUUUCCAUAAACUCCAGGCUAGCCAGUUCUCUAGGGAACCUGUAUGCUGCUUCAGAUGAUGCCGAGAGCAAACUGACAUCAUCGUCCUCUAGGACAGGUUAUUCUGUAAACCAAACCUCCAGUCAUUUGAAUGGCAGUGCUCAGCUGCCUGCCAGAAAUUACCGUGAGCUGAACAACAACCUGUACAACAGGAGCGGCAGUAUUGGUACCAACCUCAACAGCUAUGCCAAUUCUCCCAGCGUCCUGACAGAGGAGUACAACACCUACAGAUCUUUUAUGGGGCUCGCUGCUUCUCCAGCAAGAUACCUGAGUCGCUCAAUUCCUUCCCUUCAGUCUGAAUAUGUUCAGUACUAAAGCCUUGUUGCUUCGGUGAAAGCUGGAUAGCUCUUACAAUUCAGUGUUCUUCACGGACAAGCAAUAUUGAGGGAAGCAAGGAACCCACAGGGAAGAAAUCCUUUCAUACCUGAUUAAAACUCUAAAGACAACUAGGUCUUUGAAUAACCACAAACUUCACUUAGUGACUGCUGCAAAUGCACUGUACUUAUGAAUAUUAUAAUUAUGUGCACUGAUGUGAGAUUUUAAUAUUAAGGACAUUUGUAAUGAUUUUAGCAAUACAUUUGUAAGCACAGCCGUGUUAACAAUGUAUAUGUACUGAGUAAAAUAUUUUGGUAAACUCUGUGUGUAUAUGUAAUAUAUACAUAAGUUAUGUAAAAAAAAGUAGACUAUAUUUUGAUUUGUUUAGGGUUUUUUUUACCAAAAAUGUGUAUUUUUGAAUAUGAGAAUUUUAUAGUGCGAAGAUUAGCCUGAACUCAGAGAAGCCUGUGUAUAAAAAGCACUUAUAUUGGGGGAUGGGGGGGGGGGAGUUAUCUUGGGUAGCAGCCUCUCACAGCUCCAUGGAGUACAGCUUUGGAGGUUACCCAACUUUCAGAAAGCCCAAGUGUCCGCUGCUGGGGAGCAGGGAGGUGAAUGGCUCCUGAGAAUACACAGAAGGCAACUUGCACAGCUCUGGGUUCUAGCCCUUAGGGACAGAACAUGCUGGUUUUAUUUCAUGCAUAUAUCACAGAAGUUAAGUUUAAAUAACUACUUUGUGGAGAACAAGUUGAUCACAUUCUUGUUCUUUUAAUCUUUUAAGUGCUAAUACGUAAAAUGGGCCUUCAAAAGGGAUAUGCCUUUUCUGGCCUAUUCUAAAGUCCUCAGUUGGUUUCUUCUUUUUUCCCCAAAGUGGGAAGGGAAUGUAAUUUUAAACAAUCUGUCCUACUGGUGAAUAUUUUCAGCCCAACAAUUUCUUUUGUAAAAGAUCAUAUCUACUCUUGGAGCCUUACUUUCGGUAUUGUUUCCUUCAUAAUGUCUUCAGUGCUAAAAACUGUAGUUCUAAUGCAGGGGUCUGCAACCUGCAGCCCUCCAGAUGUUUAUGGACUGCAAUUCCCAUCAGCCCUGCCACCAUGGCCAAUUGGCUGAUGGGAAUUGUAGUCCAUGAACAUCUGAAUGGGAAUUGUGGUCCAUGAACAUCUAGAGAGCUGCAGGUUGCAGACCCCUGUUCUAAUGGAAUGUAAACCCCAGAAGCAGCAUACUGCUUUGACUGGUAGAGAGGAUUGGUGCCUCCCAGGUAGAACGUUGUGUUUCUCUGCAUUUGUAAUGUCUUCAAGUUUAAGUGUGCUGGACUUUUUUACUUCUAAAAUGCAAAGUGUUAUAUAAAAGGUGCAAAUUUGUGUUGACACAAAUCUAGGUGGAGUAUUACACAUCCUUCAUUAGAAUGUGCAAGUGCGUUGUUAAAGUUUAAUGCAGACCAUUCUGUCCCAUUGUCACCCUGUGCUGAUCACAUAUUCCACCAUGCUGGGCUUGUGCUCCCAAAUACAGUUGUUGUUGAUUAACAUCAGCUUUCAUUCUGUAUUAACUUCAGUUAUCAGAGCCUUUCAAACAAUGUAGCUGAGAUAAAUGUAAGCGUGUACUGGAAUUAUUCAAAAAUAGUUCUGAAAUGGCGUCAUUCCCACUUGUUUCUCGGUUUGCAGUGAUAGCAGGUGUUGUCGUUCAGAUUGGUGUAAGUAUAUAAGCAAAAUGAUAACAUGUUUUGUUUACCAUUUAUAGCAUACUUAGAAGAAAGCCCAGCAUGCAAUAUUAGACUAAGUGAAGGCUUUUUUGUGGCCUAUCAAGCCAGAAUAAUUAGUUUUGACAAAAAGGUGUACAUUAAUUUGAAAGGAGAUGGUCAUAAUUGUGAUAGCUAAUUGAUUGCAUCUGUUUUGGUCACUGAAUGCAAUAAUGUAAAUUUUUAUAAUGUACAUAAUGUAUUGUAUAUGAGUGAUUGGCAAAUUCUAAGGUAAUUCUAUCUCUUGCAAAGUUUCAGAUGUAUUUUGCUACUAGUGUACUUACUAGAAAGAUACUUAUUUUUGAAAUGUAGACAUUCAAAUGCUAAUCCAUAAUAAAAGUGAAAAUUACACAG